AUGUCUUCAACCGACUACUAUGCCUAUACACCAAGUUUGAUUCCCGCGGUGAUUGGUGUUGGUAUAUACUGCGCUCUCUUUGCAGCCCAUGCGCUCCGUCUGUUUCGCUCCCUGGCAUGGGAUGGUAGUUAUAUGUUGAUAGGAGCCCUGGUUCAAGCAAUGGGACUUGGAGCGCGAGUGUUCUCCUCAUCGAAUGCUCAUGACUUUGGAGCCUUUGGCGCUCAAUAUGUGUUUCUUCUCCUCGGACCAACCCUAUGCAUGGUGACCGUCAAUCUCACUCAAGUGAAAAUGAUGCGCUGUUUGAGGACCGAAAACCUGGGUCUCCUUCCUGCUAAACUUCGACUCCCUAUCUACCUUUCUGUCAACAUCACCCUUCUUUUGCUCCAGAGCAUCGGUGCCGUGAUCGUUGCUCUGACCCACAAUAUCACACUCCUUGGGUCUGCAACUAAGAUCCUCACGGCGAGCUAUGUAUGCCAGAUGAUAUUUUGGAUGUUCACUUUGGCGGAGAAUAUCCUCUGGAGUAUUCGAUUUGGACGAUCUUCAUCCGCCAACACCCAGCUCAUGAUGCCUCACUGGAAACGGUAUAAUCAGUUGUUUGGUCUUGCGAUUUCGAUUGUUGCUAUGGGGCGCAAUAUGGUGCGAUUGACAAUGCUUGGGAUGGGACCCGAUGGAAUGAUGACGGUCAAUGAAUGGCCCAGUUAUGCAUUUGACUUUUAUCAGACGGCGAUUAUUCUCUUGGCGUGGGGGAUCUUUUACCUGCCGGGGCUCAAACCCAACCGAGAUGUCCUCACCCGCACCAAAACGAGCCUGCGACCAAUGUCACACACUGAAAGAAAAAUGCCGACGACCGAGUGCUACAGCGUCAUGCGAGCGAUUUUCAGCUCAGUCACCCAAAACAACACCCCCUAUCCCGAUUUCUACCUCCCCUUCGACAAAGGCUUAUCCAGCAACCCAGCCCUAUUCCCCGAAUUAGACCAGUGGGAAAGACACUUCCUAAAUCUUAUGAAAGACAUCGUCGCACCAUCCCCACUAGACAAAUUCCUAAUUGGACCGAGCUUCCACGAGUCGCACCACCGUUUCUUCGUGCAGAACCUUCUCCGACCCGCCCCCACAUCUAUAUUAAAAGACGCCACAGUCGCCUGUGCCGCAGUACUACUCGGUGACCAAUAUGCGCAAUACACAAAGACAAGCGUCGAAGUGGGGCACCGACGAGCUGCGCUCGCUGUUUCGGGACUGCGGUCCUUGCAGAUAUCCGAGAAACAGGAUCUGGUUACUGCACUCGUGCUCGGCGUGGCUAUAGUGACCUUCGCUAUGCAUGUUGUCGAUGGACAGCCGCUUCUUAUAUCGCAUUAUACGCUGGCGCUUGUUAAGCCGGUUUAUCGGACUCUUUUAGCGAUGGAUCAUGGUGUUAUGGAUAUGUUGAUGUGUUUGGUUAGUACGGAGACUUUUGAAUGUCUGGUUCGGUCUGAGGUGCCGACUAUCCGCAUCGGGGAACGUGAUCGUUGCGAUGUUGUUGAUCGGUAUCUUGGGCUUAGCUCGUCGCUUUUUGCUCAUUUAUAUGAUCUCUGCGAGGUUGGUCAUUUGAUGAAAAUUACUGGUGGGGGAAUGGAUAUUGGGACGGGUGAACGAUUGGAUAUGAUUCAGGAUUCUCUGGAGCAAUGGAAACUCUCGCCUCCACCGGACUUUGUUGAAAAAUUUACUGAGUCUGAGGUUGUUGGAAUGUUCGCUCAGGCCAAGAUCCUCCGUCUUGCGGCUUUGCUUAUUGCACAUCGUCUACGCCAUCCCUAUGGGAAACGUGACAAGGAAGCAUUGCAGUUGUCCAACGCUAUUACUGCGGAGAUUGAUAUGGCUUUGCAAUCGACAGGGCGUUCAAUACCAUGCACAGCACUCCCCUACACGGUUGCGUGCUUUGAAAUCACCCGGACUGAAGCACGAGCAGCAGUCGUUGACAAGAUCCAUAAAGUCGUGACCUUUUCCAGGCAAUCGCAGCUUCAAGUUAGGCGCUCCUUGUCCGCGGUAUGGGAUGCGAGGGAUGGCGGGGAUCAGAUCUAUUGGUUUGAUAUAGGUGAUUAUGUGCGCUAG